AUGGAAAACCGAGACUUGAUCAACCGGCUUCGACAAUUUGAUGCUUAUCCGAAAACAUUGGAAGAUUUUCGCAUAAAAACCUAUGCAGGAGCUAUUGUGACGCUUGUCAGUUCUAUCUUUAUGUUUAUCCUGUUUGUAUCAGAAUUGAAUUAUUAUCUCACAAAAGAAGUUCAUCCAGAAUUGUUUGUAGACACAUCACGAGGACACAAGCUUCUUAUUCAUGUUGACAUCACUUUUCCUAGACUGGCUUGUUCAUUCCUCAGUACAGAUGCAAUGGAUGCUUCUGGUGAACAGCAGAUAGAUGUAGAACACAAUCUUUACAAACGUCGAUUGGAUCUUCAAGAAAAUCCCAUUACAGAUGCUGUUGAAAAACAUGAAGUGGGAACAGGCAAAGAUAAUAGCACUGAGGCAUCAACAGAUAAAUCUUUACUGGAUCCAAAUCGAUGUGAGAGUUGCUAUGGAGCAGGAGAUACAUUAGACAGUUGCUGCAAUACAUGUGAAAGUGUGAGAGAAGCUUAUCGUAAAAAAGGUUGGGCUUUCAAACCUGCAGAAGUGGAACAGUGUAAACGUGAAGGUUGGGAUGAGAAGCUCAAGAAACAAAUGAACGAAGGUUGUCAAUUAUUUGGAACACUUGAAGUCAAUAAGGUUGCUGGAAACUUCCAUUUUGCUCCUGGUAAGAGCUUUAAUCAACAUCAUGCACAUGUUCAUGAUUUACAGUCUCUUGGAAGUCAAAAGUUUAAUAUCAGUCAUAAAGUCAAGACUUUAUCAUUUGGUGACCCUUAUCCAGGAAUUAUUAAUCCUUUGGAUGGCACUCAGGUAAUUGCAGAAGCUGAACAAAUGAUGUUCCAGUAUUUUGUAAAAAUUGUACCAACAACAUAUGUAAAAAUUGAUGGCAGUGUGUUGCAUACAAACCAGUUCUCUGUAACAAAACAUUCAAAGGUUGUAUCCUCAGGAAUGGGGGAUGCUGGAUUACCUGGCGUGUUUAUAAUGUAUGAACUCUCUCCAAUGAUGGUGAAAUAUACAGAAAAGCAAAGAUCUUUCAUGCAUUUCCUUACAGGUGUUUGUGCAAUUAUUGGAGGAAUAUUCACAGUUGCAGGAUUAAUAGAUUCCAUGAUUUACCAUUCCUCACGGGCAAUCCAGAAAAAAAUAGAACUUGGCAAGACAUCGUGA